CUGUAGACUUUUAGGUCUGGAUUUGGAGACAUUCCUUGCCAGAACAGCCGUGCGAGCUGACGGGAGGGGCGGGACAGAGGGCUACCUAACAAUCGGAAAGUAGCAGCCUGAGGUACUACCAGACUUCUUUGCUUUGGAGGUGUAGAUCGGCCAAACUCGACUACAAGCUUUCAGUUGAAUGGGUCAACCUCGCUGUGCAUCAUUUAAAUGCUGUUUUUAGCGCGCCAUCCAUAGCAAAUCCUAUUUUCCAGUUUAAAUCUAAUGCUUCAGACUGGCAAGUAAACAAGGACAAACUGAAUGUGUAACUGUUUAGGGGAGACUCAAGGAAAGAUAAAACAGCGGGACAUGAUGACUGAGAAAGAAUCGGCAACAGACAAGAUAAUAGCAGAUGCAAUGGCAACUCCCUCUCCAGCAAAGAGCAUGGGUGACCCUGGCAUCACCCCACUGUCACCCUCCCACAUUCAGCAAAAUGACACGGACUCGAAUGCCCACACGGGACCUUCGUUCAUCGUGGUGGUUGCUAUCGACUUUGGCACCACUUCCAGCGGCUAUGCUUACGCCUUCACUAAGGAGCCAGAAUGCAUUCACACCAUGAGACGCUGGGAGGGCGGCGACCCCGGAGUGUCCAAUCAGAAGACGCCUACCACCAUCCUCCUGACCCCGGACAGGAAGUUCCAUAGUUUUGGCUAUGCAGCACGUGACUUCUACCACGACCUGGACCCUACCGAGUCCAAGCACUGGCUCUACCUGGAGAAGUUCAAAAUGAAACUCCAUACAACAGCGAAUCUCUCCAUCGACACAGAACUCCAUGCAGCCAAUGGGAAGAGAGUAAAAGCUAUUGAUAUCUUUGCAUAUGCUCUGGCGUUCUUCAAGGAGCAAGCACUAAAGGAGUUGAGUGACCAGGCGGGUGCAGAGUUUGACAAUUCAGACAUCAGAUGGGUCAUUACAGUGCCAGCCAUCUGGAAAAUGCCAGCCAAGCAGUUCAUGAGGGAGGCAGCCUACAAGGCUGGUCUGGUUCCCCGUGACAACCCAGAGCAGCUGAUCAUUGCCCUUGAACCCGAGGCAGCCUCCAUCUACUGCCGCAAGCUCCGCCUCCACCAGAUGAUUGACAUUGGCACCAAGACCAACCAGAACGGUUUCAGCCCCACUGAGAAUGUAGGGGCAGGGAUGACCCAGGCCAAGGAGCAUGUCCGGAGCAAACGGCAGAGCCGCACCUUUUUGGUGGAAAAUGUCAUAGGGGAGCUUUGGUCGGAGCUGGAAGAAGGUGACCGCUAUGUAGUGGUUGACUGUGGUGGCGGAACGGUUGACCUCACGGUCCAUCAGAUUCGGCUCCCUGAGGGACAUCUCAAGGAGCUCUAUAAGGCCUCAGGCGGUCCUUAUGGCUCCAUUGGUAUUGACUAUGAGUUUGAGAAACUCCUGUGUAAGAUCUUCGGGCCCGACUUCAUCGACCAGUUUAAGGUCAAGCGGCCGGCUGCCUGGGUGGAUCUGAUGAUCGCGUUUGAGUCCCGGAAACGGGCAGCGGCCCCGGACAGGACCAACCCCCUGAAUAUCAACCUGCCCUUCUCCUUCAUCGACUACUACAAGAAGUUCAGAGGUCACAGUGUGGAGCACGCCCUGCGCAAGAGCAAUGUGGACUUUGUGAAGUGGUCCUCCCAGGGCAUGCUGAGAAUGAACCCUGAUGCCAUGAACGCCCUCUUCAAGCCCACCAUAGAUCACAUCAUUCAGCACCUCACUGAUCUCUUUGAGAAGCCGGAGGUGUCUGAUAUCAAGUUCCUGUUCCUAGUGGGCGGCUUCGCUGAGUCGCCCCUGCUGCAGCAGGCGGUGCAGAACAUGCUGCAAGGACGCAGCCGCAUCAUCAUCCCCCACGAUGUGGGCCUCACCAUCCUCAAGGGGGCCGUUCUCUUCGGCCUGGACCCCAGCAUCAUCAAGGUGCGCCGCUCGCCCCUCACCUACGGCGUGGGAGUCCUCAACCGCUACGUGGAGGGCAAGCACCCGCCCGACAAGAUGCUGGUGAAGGACGGCACGCGCUGGUGCACCGACGUCUUCGACACCUUCAUCACCUGCGAUCAGUCCGUGGCCCUGGGAGAGACGGUGAAGCGUAGCUACACGCCCGCCAAGCCCAGCCAGCAGGUCAUCGUUAUCCACAUCUACUGCUCGGAGAAGGAAGGUGUGGGCUUCAUCAGCGAGCUGGGCGUGAGGAAGUGCGGCACGCUGCGGCUGGAUGUGACCGGUACAGAGAGCACCGUCGUGCGCCGUGAGAUCCAGACGCUCAUGCAGUUUGGGGACACGGAGAUCCGGGCCAUGGCGGUGGAUGUAGCCACUUCGCGUACCGUCAAGGCUAGCAUCGACUUCCUCAGUCAGUAAAUAGGGUGAAAUGGAGCAAUAAGGUCAAAGGGUCAUAGGAAGUGAAACCUCCAGCAGCACACACACAAUGAGCCAGGGGACAGUGGCUAGAAUGUAGCAGUAUAUUGAUCUUUGGGCCUGUUCAGAUUAGCAUGAGUGCUAGUUUGUUUCUGCUUUAGCUGACUCCCUGGUCAGAAACAAACUAGCACUCAGGUUUUAUCCCUGUGUACCAUCUGUGUAUCUAGUCUUAAGUGCAGGCUAUAUUGAUGUGCUCUGCUCUAGAGAUGUUUAGAUUGGAGUAUGUACAGAGAUGCAACACAGCUUUGUACUAUAGGCAUAUAUUGCUAUUGAUACGUACAGCCUUGUUUCAGGUCCAUUGUGUGUUAUCUGUGGUUGUGUGCUGUAGCUGUGUUAUGGUAGGUUGAUACUGUAGUACUCCUGUCUUGCAGCUCUUACAGCUCUUACAGCUACAACACUAUGCUAUGACACAAUGCUCCACAAACCUAUGUCCUCUCCAACCCUCGCUCAUGGGACCAAAUUUUCAUAACUGCUAUGACCAUUAGGCAUUUAAACCGAACUCCUGGGGUUUCCUUGAACAACAGUUAGAAACUAUCAUUCAGAUGCUUAUCUUACUCAUCAGACCAGAGUUUUAUUGAGUCAGGGUUGGAGAGCACCUGAGAUGAGAGAAGGCAGUGGUUCUCCAACAAAAACACUUCACUUGAUCAGUUAAACUUCACAGGAUAGCUUUCAAAUCUGUAUUUAUCUCUACCGUCUCCUGUGGUUAGGCAUGAGAUGCCAUAGAAAGGAGUUAUAUUACCUUAUGAAAACAAACUUGGUGCAUUAGCUUUUAAAAUACAUUUGAAGUCCUGGAAACUCAGUUCAUUUUUGGUCAAAUGUAAGCAGAUGGUCUCCUAUCCUGUCAACAAUAUCUGUUUAAGGCAAAGGUUGGCUUCUAAAUGUGGUUUAUUCAGCACUGCAAACAAAUCUAUGUGUUAGAAAUAUAGAGAGACUAACAACUAGCUGUUUAGACGUCAGGCUUGAUUGUCAAGACGUUCUAUCAUUUCUUACAAACAAUGUAAUAAUCCACCUCACUGUUUUAACAUGUUGCGCUGAUCCACAACAAAAUAUAAAUCCGAGAAUGUGAAAAGUGGCAGAGUUGACAAUGCUGCUAGCUGAACCGGCAAACUGAUUUGAAUAUAGCCAUUGCGAUGUGCUUUGUGGUUGCCUUCAUUUGUUUUGCUUAUGAGACGACAGAGGACAAGAAGACCCUGAAUUUCCUUCUUGAAUAUCUGAAAUUCAGGAGAUUGUGUCGGCCGUUGAAAAGGAAAGAUGAAAUUGAAAAUAUGUUUAUUUCUGUAAAUACAGUAUUUAAAUAUUGUACAGAUUUUUAGCGUUAUGAUUUUAGCAGCUUUAGAACCGAGAGUAUGUAUGCUUUCGCACAGACACCUUUUCCCAUUAUUCUCACCAGCCAUAGCAUGUGAGUCGAGGCAGACUUUGGAUGCCGCGUUCAUCGACAAUGAGUGAAAGUGAGCAUUGAAAGAGACCUUGAAUACCUUUCCUUAAAACAUGAGUGGUUCUUGUUAUGGAACAUGGAGUUUCUUUGGUUUGGGCAAAUAUUUGUGUUUGCUUUGUAACUAUUCAAUUUGUAUUUAGUUAAAUGUUUACAAUAAAAUGACUGUCCCAAUUCAGCUUUUGAAAAACCUGUAUUCAAAAUAUCAAUAGCAAAUAUUUGUUGGGGUCUUUCGAACUACAGUAAUUGGCAAAUCAUACUGACAGACACCAGGUCAACUAAAACUAUACCUCAACCACCUUGCAAAUAAUAUAAAAUGACAGUUUCAAAUCAUUGUCUUUCUUCCCCAACAAAUGUAAUACAAGAGCAAUAAAAGCUUACAAUUGCAAGGUAUUGUUCCUUACCACAAUUUAACUCAACCAUUUACAUUUUUGUGCCGUGCUUCCAUUUUAAAUUUGUUUCAAGGAUGCUGCUGUUGAAAGUAUUAUCCCCUAAAUCAAGUAUUGAUGGAAGGAAACAACCAAAUAAAAAACAACUUCAUAUUUAAACAUAUAGAUACAAUAAAUAGCUUUACACUGGAGAAGAAAACAGGUUUAUGGCCCAACAUACAAUAAUUUACCCCAAUGAAUGCCUAACAUAAGAUGUGAUGUCAAAACUAUUCAGCAUAUAGACACAAUUCAUGUCCCUAGUCUUGAUUCAAGACAGAUGUAGUAUAUUAUUCACUAGUAACUGGGUUUGGAUUUGAAUUGAUUUUGUUUCCUACAAUAGCUGUUGUUUGCAGAUGCACUCAAUUUGAGUGGUUGGUAACACGGUAUAACGCAGACGAUGCAUGAUAACCUUAAAAGAAUGUUUAUGGUCUUCCAGCAGUGUUCCUCUCUGAGAACCCUACACUGAGGAUUUCAAACUAAUGUAAGGUAGAUUCUCACAGAAAAACUCUGUGAAUUUAAGUUGGUCUCCCUUGACUUGUUGACGUGGGAAAAGUGCACAAGCUUUGAUCCCUGAUGCUGCCUUUGGCACUCUCCUGCAAUGCACGUUUUGCAUGAUUAAAUCUUUACGAAUGAGGAGAAAACAAUAUGUAACCACACUUUUUUUUUUUAGGUUUGAGGGUUAGGUAUGGUGAUAAUGUUACACCAACACGUGUGGAGAAAAGCGUGGCCUUUUCAACUCUAGAUGUAAUGACAAAUGAAUAAUUAACUGCGAAGGAAAUGUUUUGACAUGUUCAUGGCAUGUGCCAAAGUCAAUCAUCUCGCACACUGUUAUCACAGCAGAUCUGCUCAAUCUCCAUCCUAACAACUAGUAACAGGUUAAUCUAUCAACCCUUUUCUCAUCCUCAAGGAGGUCGAUGGAUGACUAUUGAGUUGAAGGAAAGAAAAACACAGCAUUUGUUUCUUUAAUGUAUUGCUACUUUGAUAAAUACCAUGUAUUUCGUGCCGCCUUCAGUAUUAUGUAAUGCACAAUAUACUGUAUGUAGCGGGUUUAUAUUCAAAGCUAUAAGUCCGAAUUGUAUGAAGACAUGUUUAGCUGAAGUUCGCAUCGUAUUGAGUUUAUAACGCAGCAGAAUAUGACAAUUGGCACCUUAAAGAGAGUAAAUAUUUCAAAUUCUACGAAGUGUCAUUUAUUAACCUGUAAUUGAAUGGGUGGGUGGAGACAGUUAAGGAGCAUCAGUUUAGCUAGCUUCUGCAUACUACGACAGAAAGUGCUUAACUCUUUAUCUAGAACUUACAAUAUUACAGGACAUGAAAGUUCACUGCUACUUGAUUAUAUGCUUGCUGUAGAACAAAUUACUUCACUAUUCAACCAAAAUUGUCACUCUUAAAUGUUUCACAAAUCAUACCUUUUUCAGUUUAUCCUUGGGUUUACGCACAUGUGAUUUUUCUACUGUUGAGUUACAAGUUUCCUGCUCUUACUAUUUUCACUCAAAUGAGUUGUAUUUCAAUGCCAAGUAUUCACAGCCAAACUGUCAUCCAAUAAAAUGUGUAUUUCAAAGAA